AAUAUAAUUAUAUCCUUUAGCCCUCCUGGCAAUACACCUUUCCCAUUCAAAUACUACUUCGCUGGAACUAGUGCAUUGCUAUAAUCUAUAUUGAUAAAGAGCCUCAACUCUUCAAAGUCAAGCCCGUCGAUUGCCGGAGGGAAAACAACAUGUCAGCGGAUGCUGCGCCACAUAUCAAAGUUAGCAUUGCUGUUUAUGUCGGAACACCCCUCGACUAUCAAAAAUACCGACAUACUGCUCUCUGCUUCCGACCCAGCAAUAGAGAAGCUCCCAUGAUCAUCCAUAUCGUCGGGCCAAACAUGGAUUAUCAGCUCGAAACAAGAAACAAUUACGAGCCAACCAGUAGCAGAAGUUUUGCCAAAGAAGUUCCGGUCGGCUGGAUUAGAACACCAAUGACGAAGGCUCAACUGGCCCCUCUCAUCUACCAAACACCCAUCAACAACACAAGCCGGGAAUUUAACUGUCAGACUUGGGUUGGUGACGUUCUGAGAAGAUUGGUGCAAGCAGGGUACUUGACGCGAGAGGACUGUGAAAAUGGCAUAGAUGGUAUGAUUGAUGCUACACUGGAAGCAGGGGAUGAAUGAAUGAUUGGGUCCGCAUCAUAUGUGGAAAUAUGUAAGAAUUGAUGCAUGUAGUGGUGAAAUUUAUGGGGUGAACAGCAGCAGGAAUAAUUGUGUUAAGGACGCUGCCAUCUCAGGAUAGCUUGGUGAUAGGCUAGUUCGGUAUCAUAAGAUUGAGGAAAUAUUCUCCUGGCAUAAUUCUUCCAAUCUCGGUUUUUGCAAGGCCGUUCAAAGAAUUUGAUGUAAUCCCAGUACUCAGGAUACCAACCAGCGUACUCCCAAUCCAGCAAUCCCGUUAUCUGGCCGU